AUGGGCCAAACGAAGCAGGAGGAAGGAUACGGAUACGAGUUAUUCCCGGAGAGGAACGCGGGGAACAAGAAGGUCUCCGUCGCACAGAGCCUAUUCACGUUCAACCACCAGUGUCAGGUCAUGUUACAGUUAGCCGUGGAAACCAGUCCAUAUGCCAAACUCCUCCUCAGUGCCAUGAAGAAUUCUGGAUGUACAGUGUAUAAAGACCGCCAUUUUGUCUGUGAAGAUUGUGACGGGACGGUCAGCGGCGGAUUCGACGCAGCCACGUCCCAAAUUGUCUUAUGUCAAAACAACAUCCACCAGCAGUCGCACAUGAACCGGGUGGUUACGCACGAGCUCAUCCACGCCUUCGACCAUUGUCGGGCCCAUGUGGACUGGUUUAACAACUUCAGACAUUUAGCGUGUUCUGAGAUUCGUGCGGCCAACCUGAGCGGCGAUUGCUCCUUCUCCACUGAGGUGGCCCGAUUCCACUUCGGCACGAAGCAGCAUCACCAGGAAUGCGUCCGCGGCCGCGCCCUUCGCUCCAUCCUUGCCGUGAGAAAAAUCAACCGGCAGGAGGCGGAGAAAAUUGUGGACGAGGUCUUCGACACGUGUUUCAACGACCACGCGCCCUUCGGUCGGAUCCCGCAUGGAAAGAAGGACGCCAACUUUGCCCGCAGGGAUUACGACAACAGGGAGCGGUAUUAUGCAAAUCUUUAGACGACACUCUCCGCAUCCUAAUCGCAAUGUCACCCAGCAACGGAGAAAUAGACUCCAAAUCGGGCUCUCAUUAAAAGUCACACGUACACACACGGCGAACAUGAUGAGGUUUAAUUUAAGGGAGCUUAGAGAGACGAUGACAACAAGCUUGUCGGGAAAAUGAAAAGGAGAGACGGAGAAUUAGACUCCUUUUUGGAUUAGUUUACUAAACAAAUAGUGCAAAACAACAGAUUUACCGCCACAAUUUUAGACUCAUCAAAUGCUCGCUGUCAAACAUAUUUUCAUCACUCGGGCAGUCCAAACUUUACAUGCAGUAUUUGUUUUGUUUUGUUUGCAGCGUUGUUCCCCGCGCAUAACAUUCAAGUUGCAUUAUUUAUAAAUAUUGAAGUCGUUCUAUUAUUCAAAAUGUUUACCUGUCAUGAACUUUUCAAAAUUGAGAGUGUGCCUCUUAAGAUUCAAUUAUUUUAUUCCUAAAAUCAACGUCAUGAUUUUUUAAAAUUAAUUCAUCGCUACAUACAUAUUUGUUAGUAUAUUCAUUAUAAGUAAUCAAAUAAAAUAACUCGAAAAAUGCCGACACGUUAAAAAUAUUUUAUUCAAUAAUU